AUGAAGACCUUCAUUCUACUCAGCGCCCUGCUCUUUGUUGCCUCUCCGUACAUCUUUGAGAAGUGCGAGCUGGCCCAGCUUCUACUCAGGCAUGGACUGGACGGCUAUCGUGGCUAUAGCCUGGCAAACUGGGUGUGCCUGGUGGAACACGAGAGCGGCUACAACACCAGGGUGGUCGGUCGCAACCGCCGAGGAGGCAAGACGGUGUCGUCGGACUACGGAAUCUUCCAGAUCAGCAGCACCCGCUGGUGCCGGGACGGGCAGACCACGAGGAGGAGGAACACGGACGAUUCAUGCGGCAGAAGCUGCCAGGAUUUUAUCAAUGAAAAUAUUACCGAUGACAUUGAAUGUGCGAAGAAAGUGGUUCUGCCUCAAGGAAUGAAUGCCUGGUACAGCUGGAAGAAGAAAUGCAAACAAAGCACUCUGACCAAGUUUCUGAAGGAGUGUGAUGUGUAG